UAAUAUACUUGUUAUCUUGUCGCCAAUGCUUUGUUGGUGCUGAUUAAUAGUACUACGCCCAUAAAAUUACGUAUUUUCAUAAAUUCAACGCUAAUUUACGUUUAAAAAGUGCCAAAAUUCUUGACCCUUUUGCAAAGGGGUUGCUACCCAAAAACGUGAAAUAUUGAAAACUGGUCCUUAUUCAACAAGUUAAGAAGAUUGAAUGUUUCGAGCACUUAUUUAACGCAUGGCGUGACACUAUGUUGGACCAGAUCAAUUUUUCACAUUUUCCAUAGAGGUCAGCAUAAGUAUUGAUUUGGAAGAUUGCAUACUGGUAACCCCGAUUUAGGCGGAACGUGUAGAUGUUAGAUUUCAGAAGCAGAGUGUUACGCUUAUACAUGUGAGCUCUUCUAGUCUUUGACCAUCAAAUCGGUGACGGUAAAAUGGGAUAUGACGAUGUUAUUCCCCUAAUUGGCGAUUUCGGGAGAUACCAAAAACGGAUUUAUUUUUUAUUAUGCCUUCCAGCCAUUCUCUGUGCCUUUCAUAAGCUGGGAAAUGUUUUUCUCAUUGCAGAACCUGCCUACAGGUGUAAGCUUCCAAGCGAAUUUUCCAACGCAACUUACCAGGACCUGAGUCUCGAGGAAUUGAACAAGUCUUAUCCUUGGGACUCCCUGAAAAAGAACUUUUCAUCAUGCGAAAUGUUUCUCGGAAAUGCAACAAAAAAAUGCGAUGAAUUUGUUUACGAUCAAACUGUGUACGGAUACACAGCAGUUAUCGAAUGGGAACUCACGUGCGAGAAGGCGUACAUGAUAGCCACCGGAAAUUCGCUUUUUAUGGUCGGAGUCAUGCUAGGUUCUAUUAUUUUCGGCCAAUUAUCCGACAAGUACGGACGCAAAAAAAUAUUUUUCGCUUCCUUGAUUAUCCAAGUCGUUUUCGGCUUAAUCGCAGCUUUUACUCCUGAAUUCUGGUCAUUUACGCUGGCCAGAGCGAUUGUGGGGGCCACAACUUCUGGGGUUUUUCUAGUAGCAUAUGUAAUCGCGUUAGAAAUGGUAAGCCCUAAAAAGCGGCUAUUGGCUGGAACUUGCUGUCAGAUGUUUUUCUCAACUGGUUACAUGCUUACGGCCGUUUUUGCCAUUUACAUCCACGAUUGGAGAGACCUGCAGUUGGCUCUGACUCUCCCAGGUCUUGUAUUUUUCUGUUAUUGGUGGUUGAUUCCGGAAUCCUCGCGGUGGCUAAUCAAUCAAAAUCGUGUCGACGAAGCAAAAGCCCUUAUCAAAAUCGCAGCCAAAAAGAACAAAAUCAAAAUUACUGACGAACAAUUGGACAGUUUGCUCAUUUCAGAAGUGAAACCUGAAAAUGACAACGCACAUAAAGCCAACGUGUUGGACAUUUUCAGACAUUCCAAUUUAAGAAAACGAUCUUUAAUUAUAUUAUUUGACUGGUUUGCCAACAAUAUCACUUACUACGGCCUCUCGUGGAACACGAAUAAUUUAGCUGGAAAUCCGUAUAUUAAUUUCGUGAUUUCAGGCGCCGUUGAGAUUCCUGCAUACACAUUUUUGUUGUUUACUUUGAACAGAUGGGGACGAAAAUUCGUAAUGUGUGGAUGCAUGAUCACUGCUGGUGUGGCUUUAUUACUUACUAUGGCAAUUCCUGAUGAACAUGAUUGGUUAGUUGUGACUUGUGCCAUGUUAGGGAAAUUGGCGAUAACGGCAAGUUACGGCGCUAUUUAUAUUUUUUCAACGGAGCAAUUCCCUACAGUGAUAAGAAAUGCAGGAUUGGGGGCUGGCUCUACAUGUGCUCGAAUAGGCUCCAUUACAUCACCCUAUAUCAACGUUUUGAGCAAAUUUUGGACUCCUCUCCCUUUGAUAAUUUUCGGUUCUUUGGCUCUAAUUGGAGGAGUAAUGUCGUUGGUGUUGCCGGAAACUUUAAACAGAACGUUACCAGAGACCAUGGAAGAGGGUGAAGCUUUCGGGAAGAAAAUUAAGAAAGAACUAAAAAAGGAAGAAGUACCACUCAACGGAAACGACCUUGAGAAGCAAACCAAAGUCGAAACAAAUGGUGGCAUACAACCGAAAUGAAAACAAUUCUUACGACAGUAUUAGAAUUAUUUCAUAGAAUAUUGUUUUUUUAUAUAAGUAGUUCAUUGUUUCUUUUUAUUACUAUUAUUUAAAAGAGUGAUACACUUUUAUUACAUCACAAAAUUUAUACGACUUGUUAUAUGAUUAUACGAAAAACUAGUCAACUUUA